CUACAUCUCAACAGCCAAUAGUGUCGCGAGUCGACCGUUCAGCUUCAGCAACUCCUUGCUUUCUUCUUUUUAUGCUUUUGCUUUCCCUUGGCUCUCUUCAUGUUUUGACCUUCCAUGUAUAAUCCAUUAACACAAAACCUCGAUCACAGUUAAACAGUUAUUUGUUUCAUUAUUUUUUAGAUCUUCUCUUAUGUUUUGAAAUUUCUCAACUUUGCUUCGUUAAAGGGCUUUGAUAUUUGAGAAUUUGACUCGGAAAUUAUUCGUGAGGGAGACAAAGAGAGGUUGUUAUGAAUUGAAGUUUGUGGUGUUAAAGAGAUGAACGUGAGCCAUGCUUCGGUUCACCCUGUGGAAGAUCUUCCAACCACGGAUGGCGGCAAUGCUCCGACAGUGAGGAUGAAGGACAUACAGUGCAUGCCUGGAACACCUGGCGGCCUCACUUUGCGAAUCUGUCAAUUGAUCUUUGCGGUUGCAGCGCUUUGUGUCAUGGCGAGCACUAGUGACUUCCCUUCUGUAACUGCUUUUUGCUUCCUUGUUGCUGCUGCUGGGUUGCAGAGUUUGUGGAGUCUGUCACUGGCCAUUGUAGACAUUUAUGCCCUUUUGGUGAUGCGAUCCUUGCAGAAUAAUCGAAUUGUCAGUUUGUUUGCUGUUGGUGAUGGGAUAACGUCUACACUUACAUUUGCUGCAGCAUGUGCAUCUGCUGGUAUAACAGUUCUUAUUGACAAUGAUCUUCAAGGCUGUGCCCAGAAUCACUGUGUGCAGUUUGAAACUGCUACUGCCAUGGCCUUUAUAAGCUGGUUUGCUGCAUUACCAUCUUUUCUCUUAAAUUUUUGGUCAUUGGCAUCCCAGUGAGAAGAUACCGUGUAAAAAAAUCCAGAGAGAGAAAGAAGAGGGUGGCCCUUUUGGACAAAUAGCUAAAACUUUUAUAUUGAUGUGUGUAUCUGUGAUCUUUCCCUUGCUUUUUGUAUUAUAAAACUUGGUUGUGUUGUCUUGUGUAUAGUUUAUGAAAUCAGGCUGCAACAUACAUAUUUGGUUAUGGAUGGGUAACUAUCCAUUUGGCAA